GUUCAUUCAUACUUUGUCAUGUGUUCAAAAAAUGUCUGCAGAUCUUGAUAUAAAUUCGGAUGUCCUAUAUAUUCUAUAAAUAGAAAAUAAGCUCGGCAACGAUAAAUAUACAUUAUCAACAUUUAAUAAAAUCAUUUUUCUUGACAUUUCCCAACAAUAUUAUGCAUGUGGUGUGGUAUGUCACAUUCUUAUAAUAAACCUGUUCUUCAAACAAAAUGUCCGAUUCUCGUGUAUUUACAUUUGCAUGAAAUAAAUCCGAAUAGUAAUAAACAUUCCCAUCUUCGAUACACAACGUUGGACUAAAAUAAUAUAUAUAUAUAAGAAGAAAAGGAAAAACAGAAUUUAGCUAAAAAAGCUUUGUUCAAAGUGUCGGUAAAGCCGGCUCCGUCACAGAUUAUGAAUAUUCAUUAAUACAAUCAAGGGGUUGAAGUUAUGUGUUUAGUUUGGGUGGAUUUUUUUAAUGUAUAACCACUAAUUUAACAAACGUGGAAAAUAUGUACACAAUUCUAUAAUUAUCAAAUAAGUCAUUGAGCAAAAUUUAUCAUUAAAAUGCAACAUUUUUCUUUGAAUAUUAGUCAAUAUAUCAAUAUCAGAUACAAAUUCUCCACACCGUCACGCAUGCGCAUGCGUUCUAUCGGAGUGUUGGACCGAUAGUUAGUUGUCAUUCAGAGCAAGGUUUCUCAGCGAAUCGGGGGUGUAUAUAUUUUAGCUAUCGGUUCGAAUGGAUUGUUAGCCGUUUGAGCUCUCAUUGGAGCUACACGGUUAUAUACAUACACCGGCUAGACAAACCACAUCCAAACCCUCGGACAACAAACUGAAACCGCUGUGAACGAAAAUAUAUACUGGACUUUUGUGGAAUCUGAAUUUUGUGUUGCGUUUUAUUUAUACGUGUAAAUGCUUAACUGACCAUUUAAAUAGACUGUCUUUCAGUUGGACGUUUUUAAAAUACCCAACAUGAAUUUAAUGUGCUGUGAAACGGAAUCUCAAAGAAGAGCAUAUGAGGAUCCCGUGCUUCUAAAAGACUACCGAGUUUUGCAGAAUCUUCUGCAUACUGAGGACCGGUACAUGCCAUCACCCACCUAUUUUUCUUGUGUUCAGACUGACAUUAAACCUUAUAUGAGGAAAAUGGUCGCUCAAUGGAUGCUUGAGGUCUGUGAAGAACAACAGUGCGAAGAGGAGGUAUUUCCUUUGGCAAUGAAUUACAUGGACCGAUUCCUCUCAGUGGUAGACAUUCCUAGAACCAGGCUCCAGCUAUUGGGGGCUGUGUGCAUGUUUUUGGCAUCCAAAUUAAAAGAAACCAACCCUUUAACUGCAGAGAAACUCGUCAUAUACACAGACAGAUCGAUUUCAUUGGAAGAAUUGACGGAAACGGAAUUGCUAGUUCUAAGUAAAUUAAAGUGGGAUUUAUCAGCAGUGACACCUCAUGACUUUUUAGAACAAAUUUUGUCUCGGAUAUGUCCGGAUCCAGAGCGAUGCAAUGUGAUUAAAAAGCACUCCCAGACGUUCAUAGCCUUGUGUUCAACAGACUGCAAGUUCAUUAACUACCCCCCUUCUAUGAUAGCAGCUGGGAGUGUAGGAGCCGCUGCCCACGGACUCCUAAAAACAGACAACACAAAACUAUUACAGAAUCUCCAUCAGAUCCUCAAUAUUGAUGUGGAUUGUUUAAAAUCGUGUCAAGACCAGAUUGAACAGACUCUGUCUUCAAAUUUGUCACAUAUGGCACAGUUGUCAGAUUCAGCGCCACCCAAAGUGGAGAUUCACUCGACCCACCGUGUUCAACAUGAGGGACAGCCCACCACACCCACAGACGUUCAAGAUAUUGUCUUCUAAACCCCCAACCCCCCUCCAGCCCCAUUUGUUCAGCCCCGCCCCAUCCUGAUGCUAGUUGGAGGAGUGCCUAGUAUUUUUGUUGUGUUGUGGCCUCUGCCAUCAUUGUCAGGAUGGGGUGGUAAGAUGGUAUUGGUUGCUAAGGACAUUCAUAAUUUGAAAUUACUUUUAAGAAAAAGAAAAACGAUCAAAAAAAGAUGUUUGCUAGUGUUAAAAUAGCAUAGGUUAAAAUUUUUAGUUUCUUUCUCUUGCAUGAAUAAGUUGAUGAUAAUUUUAUAAAGUUAUUUUUUAAAAAAAAUAAAAUAGAAUAAUUAUUUAUUCUACAAAAAAAAAGAAAGAAAAAUAGCAUAAAGUUAUGAUAUUUAGUUAGUGUUGUUAUGAAUUAUACUCUGCAUGCUUUUGUUAAAACUACAUUUACUUUUAUAGUUAAUUUCUUAAUGUGACUGCCCUUGCAACCAGUCAAGAGUAAAAAAUGAAAAAUUCCUAGAGCUGCCAAUGAAAUUUUUUAGUUGCAUUUACUGAGGGUUUAUUAUUGUAUUUGUGAUCUGCAUCCUAUGCCAUACUGGACCUAUAUUUCAAAAGUAUUUUAGCAAUCAUUUUGAAGUGACCUUAUGACCUAAGGUCAUGUGACAUGGUUAGGUGGGCCUUCAGCAGAUAUCACUGCCUUAAGAAUAUUUCUGAUAGACUGUGCCAGAAGUAGACACCAGAGUCCAUGUGUUCAUAAUUUAAGAAAAAAUAUGUGAUAUAUAUAAUUUUUAUUAUUUUCCUCUGGUGUAUACUGUGUCUGAUGUAUGUUUCUCUGGUUUUUGUUACUUUGUGUAACUUGUUGUCUGUUUUCAAAUGUUUCACAACUUUCUGUGCCUGAUUUUACCUUGUACAUAUAUUUUUUUUUUCACUUUAUCAUUGUUCCAUUUACUAGUUUACUUUCAUUUUCAAGUUUCAUUUUCUACAUUUGAUGUUUUUUUUUAAGAAGAAAAAGCCUUCAAUCAUGAUAUAUUUUUAACUCUCAAAUAAGAUAUCCACCUGCAUCACAAAAAAUGCAUUCAUAUAAUGGUGCUUAUGAUACAAAAAUUCCUCCUGUAUUCUGCAUGGAUUUUUAAAUUCUCAUCACAACAUGGCAAUCAUGAAUUCAUUUUAUCACAAUUAUGUCGCAAAACCUUGUCCAGUCAUGUGUAUGUUAUGCAAUGUUUGUUGGAACAAAAAAAAUAUAGUGCUAUGUUUUAUACAGCAGUAUCACUCUGCAUGUAUAAAUUUUAUACAAAAUAUAUAUUUAUAUAUAUUUGAUACAAAAAACAAUGAACUAUUUUUGACAGAACAAGUUUAAAAAUUGUUGAAUUUGUGUUCAAAGAUCAAAGUUUCACGUCCAAGAUUUUGUCUGGAUUGUCUUAAAGGGACCAAAAUAACUUUAAACAUUUCCAUCUUUUUUUUUAUUUGACCAAGCAAAUUCUCAUUACCAUGAAAACCAUGAAUGAUGUGUUCAAAAUUAUAUAUAUUUUUCAACAAAGUUGAAAAUGAGAUGCAUUUUUGAUAUUUUUCAAUUAAUUUAUUAAGUUGUAAGAAGUUUGUCUCAGAUAGUUGUAUAUUGCCUUCCAAAGGAAUGGUAACCGUGCCAUUUCUUCACUGGACAAAGAAGUGAUUAUAUUUCGAUAGAAAAUGUGAUGAAAUUUACAUCACUCAUAACUUGCAAGGCCAUAACCUCACUAUAUGUGGCCAUGUGACCUCAGCCUCGUUUUGAGAAAUCACGUGACACAUGUGUAUAGUUGUAAGGGUGAGCAUAUAUAUAUAUAUAUAUAUAUAGUUACAUGUUUUUGUCAAGUUGUAGGUGUACACAAAAACCUUUUUCGAGCUUACCGAGGUGUGUGUUAAUGUGACAAAUCCAUAAAUAUUUAAUAACUUUUUCUUGGACUAAGAGUUAGUAGAAUGUAUUCUUGUGUAUCUUUUAAGUAAUAUAUUCUGUAUCUGACGCCUCGCUCUGCCUCUCUGUGAUUUUCCAGUCAACACUAUUGUACGGAACUGGAAACAAUGAAACGUCUCAAACAAGCACGGAGCGUGAAGGCAUUUGUUUUUUUUUUUUUUUUUUUUUUUUUUUUUUUUUUUACCUUAGUAAAAGUAAUGAAAGUAAUUUUUUUUUUAAUCUGUGUCUUUCAAGUUUAAAGAAUUUCAUUUUUAUCUGUGAUAUUUUUUCUGAAUACCAAUGAUGAAAUGUUAGUCGUAUGAAAGUUUUAAAAGAGGAUGAUUAUGAAUGGAGUUUGCACACAUACAAUUGCGGGUACUGUAUAUUUAGUUACAAUGCAAUAUGCAUAUGAUGAGUAAAAAUGGCGACCAAAAGAAAACUAACGUGCAUUGUGUUUUAUCCUCGCAAAACAAAUGUGAUAGAAUAUAAUUUUUAAUCCCCGUAACGCUGCAAUGUCAGAGGAUAAGACUAUGUGUACGAUGGGUUAUGGUCUCUUUCGUUUCAUUGGUCGCAAUUUACAAGGUGUAAUGUACAAAGAUAGUAUAAAAAGAAGGAAGGAUUAAAUGCUUUGUAGUAGAAAGCAAUGUUUGUAAAUGUUGGAAGUGAUUUUGUGCAUGUGAACGAUACAGACUUGUACUUAUUACAUUGUUCGACCAAAUCUUAGCACGGGAACUAUGUUCUGUGUGAAAUAAAAGGCAAUAAUAAAAUAUUUGAAAAUUGAA